AUGAGUUUAGUGAUAGUUGACAUGCGGAAAGUGUUUGAUCUGGCCCAAAAAAAUGGUUCGGUUUUGGGCGUGGACCGUUUAAGAGUGAUAGGUCAAUGUGUGGGUAUCAAAUCGCUACCAGAUGAUGCAGAUAAGCUGCAAUUGGUGCUACAGAACCUUAAAGAAUUGGACCAGGAUACAGGCUAUACGGUGGAAAUAUCGGUGAGCGAAGAAGCAUGUUACGGAAGCUGCUGGACAAACGGAACGUUGAUCGAGGGCAGUGUGUGUGAUGUGAGAUGUUGUGUGGUGGAGGGUCGGGUAGAGGCUAUGGAUGUGAAAGUUUGGUCGUUGGCGGAAUUGCGGGCGUUUAAAGAGUUUUGGAAGAGUGAGGAAGGAGUGAAAUGGCGCCAAAUGUGCAAUCAAGAGAGUAAAAAUUGUUGA